AUGUCUAAAGUGGCGGCGGCCGGAGCUGCAGCCGCGUCGGCGGCCGGAGCGGAAAGUUGCGGGGCGGCGCCGGCCGAAGACCUCUCCAAGGUGUCGGACGAGGAGCUCUUGAAGUGGACCAAAGAAGAGCUCAUCCGCAGCUUGCGCAAGGCCGAGGCGGAGAAGAUGAGCGCCAUGCUGGACCACAGCAACCUCAUCCGCGAGGUCAACCGGCGCCUGCAGCUGCACCUGGGCGAGAUCCGGGGGCUGAAGGACAUCAAUCAGAAACUGCAGGAAGACAACCAGGAGCUGCGAGACCUUUGCUGUUUCUUGGACGAUGACCGGCAGAAAGGCAAAAAGGUUUCCCGAGAGUGGCAGAGACUUGGCCGCUACAGUGCCGGUGUCAUGCAUAAAGAGGUUGCCUUGUAUCUGCAGAAACUGAAGGAGCUGGAAGUGAGGCAGGAAGAGGUGGUGAAGGAGAACCUGGAGCUGAAGGAGCUUUGCGUCCUGCUGGAUGAAGAGAAGGGGGGUGUUGUGGGGUGCCGGAACUCAGUCGAUAGCCAGGCCAGUCUCUGCCAGCUCAGUGCCACCAAUGCGUACAUCAGGGAUGUUGGGGAUGGAAGCAGCACCUCCAGCGCUGGAAGCACAGAUAGUCCUGACCAUCACAAGCACCACCUAAAUCCAAGUCCCGAGCACCUCCAAAAAACAAGGAGUGAAGGGAGCCCCGAGCGUCAGAAGCACAGGAGCGCUAGUCCAGACCCCCUCCACAAACCCAGGAGUUCUGCGAGUCCGGAUCCCCAGAAGCAUCUGAAAGGACUGAGUCCGGAGCAUCACAAAACAAUUGGCAAAGUCGCCCCUGAACAGCAGAAGCACGGCUGUAGCAGUCCGGAAACCCUGCCCAAGCACAUGGUGAGUGGUAGCCCCGAACAUUUUCAGAAACACAGGCCCGGUAGCAGUCCGGAGCACCAGAAGCACAGCAGCAGCCCAGAGCAUCUUCAGAAGCACACUCUGAGCGGAAGCAUGGAACAUCUCCCCAAAGUGAGGGGCACCAGCCCUGAGCACCUCAAACAGCAUUACGGGGGAAGCCCGGAGCAUCACAAGCACUUGAGCGGAGGCAGCAGAGAAGGCACUUUAAGGAGGCAAGUCGCAGAUGACCUGUCCCCCCAGCACAGAAGCCUCUACAAUGGCAUGAACGAACCAACCUUGUCCUAUGUUAGGCAGCUGGAAGCAAGAGUAAGACAGCUGGAGGAGGAAAAUCGCAUGCUGCCCCAGGGUCCCAUUAGGAUGCCAUCAGGGGCAGAUGGGAAUUUCUGCUCUCCAAGGCCUCCAGCUAGCUUCAGUGACCAGGCCUCCUCACCUUCUCAGCAGCCUGAAGCGGUGGUUAAUGCCCUCAAGGUUGUGUGGAGGAAACUUGGAGAUGCUGCAGGCUCGUGUCCUGGAAUUAGACAACACAUGUCUGGAAACCAGUAUAAAGGGCCAAUGUAA